AUGCUGCCUGUGCCGUUUCAAUACGUGGACUCUGUGAGCAAGACGACGGUUCAUCCGUUUCACAGCUUUCCCAGCAGCCGGCCGCGGGAAAGCGAACCAGCUCUCCGUGAACUACCUACCUACUCCGGUCCCGCACUCCCCGAUCAACCCUACGGCGUCUCUGCCGGUACUUGUCUCCCCCGAGUCCUCCCGCUCAAGCCCUCCGGCUACACCGUUCAGCCGCCGCCGUACUACCCUAGCCGGACAAACAGUCUCGAGGUCAAGCCUCUUCGUCUUGUUCGUGCAUCUCGCAAGCGCCGACCUCCUAAGCGACCGCCGCCGCCGAGCUAUCAGGAGAGCUACUCGCACACUCUGUACCAGUCCGUGACGACGCUGAGCUUUGAAUCACCCGAUCCACCUCCCCCCUACUUUGAGAAAAUGGCCACUCAGAACAUCAUGCCCAAGGUCGGUACCACGGCCCUCCCAUCGGGCCAGGGCGCUCCGGGCUCCAGCCCCGGUAGCAGCCCUGCCCGGUCCGCCGAUAACAUCCUGGCUGACCUGCGCCGGCAGCUCGACGACUCGGCUUCCGAGGUUUCCAGCGUCGACUCUCAGGGCCGCCGCCGACGCCGCCGCAACAACAAGCAGCUCGCCACCCGGGAUGGCAUCAAGACCGGAGCCGUGCUGCCCCGUCUCGCUGAGACCAAGCCCGUCCGCCUCCAGCUGGGACUGAACUUGGAUGUUGAGGUUGAGCUCAAGGCGCGCCUCCAGGGCGAUGUGUCAUUGACUCUACUAGUAGAAAAGAAGCAGAGCGUUCGAAAGUCCACUGAGCUAAGACCCAACUUGGCUGGAGAAGUGUGUGCAGAAGAGAUCUUCUUCAUGCGUCUGGGCACGAUGCGUCUCCGUCAGAAAUGGCUGGAUCGGGAGGUGAGCCAAUCGCUCACUGCGUCGUUAAUGCUGGUCAUUGGCGUAGCUGGGUUUGUUAUCGGCUUUCUCUCAUGUAAACUGCUGGACUCGAGAAGGUUCAUCGGUGCCGAGUAA